GCCGCGGCAUUGCUGGCCUUCUCCUCGCAUCUCUGAGUCGUUAUAUUUGGCCAGGGGAAAUUUGCAAUCAUGGGUCAGAAGAGACAGCGCGAUCCGAAGGGCGCAGGCCUGCAGUCGAAGAAGAGGAAGAAGGACGCCGCCGCGGCUGAGGACAGCGAUUGGGACGGAAGCGUCACCGUCAAUGAUCUCAACUGGAAAGAGGUUGCGCUACCCGAUCGUCUUGAGGAUGCGGGUGGUUUCUUCGGUUUGGAGGAAAUUGAUGGUGUGGACGUUAUCAAGUCGGGGGGUAGUGAAGGCAUCCGGUUCAAGGCGGCAUCCGGUAAACCGAAGAAGUCGAUCCUGAAGAAGAAGGCGCCGGAGGAGGAAGAAUCAAAGUUUGAAGAUGAUGAAUGGUCCGGUUUCAGCGACAAUGAGACGACCGAGGCAAAGGAAUCUACCCCGAAGGAAGAGCAAAAAGACGAAGAUGCCGUCGAGACCAAGGUAAAGGAGGACAAGAAGGGCAAGAAGAACGCAAAGGAGCAAAAGGAGCAAAAGAAGGCCAAAAAGGAAGCCAAACAAAAGACCACACCCAACCAGCAGGAUAAUAACAUCAAGCCUGGACUCUCGUUUGCAGCUCUCGAGGAUGAAGAGGACGACGACGGUGUGGAUGUCUCUGAGUGGGAAUCGCUCGGCCUGUCUCCCGAAAUUCUCACCAGUCUGUCCAAGAUGAAGUUCACUACGCCCACUCUCGUUCAGAAGUCUUGUAUUCCCCAAAUUCUGGAUGGUCACGAUGUCGUUGGCAAGGCGUCGACAGGUUCUGGAAAGACAUUGGCAUUCGGUAUCCCCAUUCUCGAACACUACCUCGAACAAAGACGGAAGGAUCUGCGCAGUGGCAAGGAGAAAGAGAAGAAGGAAACCAUUCCCAUUGCUCUCGUUCUAUCCCCCACUCGAGAGCUGGCACAUCAAUUGGCUAAACAUAUCGGCGAUCUUUCUACCCACGCUCCCGGCGCCAGUGCUCGCAUCGCCCUCCUCACUGGUGGUUUGUCCGUGCAGAAACAGCAGAGAGUGCUGGCAGGGGCUGACAUUGUCAUCGGUACCCCUGGUCGAGUAUGGGAGGUGCUUAGCAGCGGUCAGGGCUUGAUUCGCAAGAUGCAACAAAUCAAGUUUCUGGUUAUCGAUGAAGCGGACAGACUCCUCAGCGAGGGCCACUUCAAAGAGGCCGAAGAGAUCCUUGGUGCUCUCGAUCGUGUCGAGGAAGGAAACUUCGGCGAGGAGGACAGCGAAGCUGAGGAAGAAAAGUCUGAUCCCCGAUCUGAAAGGCAGACUUUGGUCUUCUCCGCCACUUUCCACCGUGACCUGCAGCAGAAGCUCGCCGGAAAGGCACGUUGGGCUGGAGGCGAUAUCAUGGACAAUAAGGAAUCCAUGGAAUACCUCCUCCAGAAGCUCAACUUCCGCGAAGAGAAACCCAAGUUUAUCGACACCAACCCGGUCUCUCAGAUGGCUGAAGGGCUCAAGGAGGGUAUUGCCGAGUGUGCAGCCAUGGAGAAGGAUCUUUAUCUCUACACUCUUCUACUCUACCACCCCAAACACCGAACUCUCGUCUUCACCAACUCCAUCUCCGCCGUCCGCCGCCUCACGCAGUUCCUCCAGAACCUCCAACUGCCCGCCCUAGCACUCCACUCGUCCAUGGCACAAAAAGCUCGUCUGCGCUCCGUCGAGCGAUUCUCCUCCCCCACAUCUGACCCCAGCAGCAUCCUCGUCGCCACCGACGUCGCCGCUCGUGGUCUCGAUAUCAAGGGCAUCGACUUCGUCAUCCACUACCACGCCCCCCGCACAGCCGACACCUACGUCCACCGAUCCGGACGUACCGCCCGUGCCGGUGCCUCAGGAAAGAGUGUGAUCAUCUGCGCCCCCGAAGAAAUGGUCGGAGUCGUCCGUCUAGCCGCGAAGGUACACGCCAACAUGGCAAACGGGAAGAAACUGCCCCUGGAGUCACUGGAACUUGACCGUCGGGUCGUCGCUCGGGUGCGCCAACGUGUCGACCUGGCCGCUAAGAUCGCCGACUCCAACAUUGCCAAGGAGAAGGUCUCCGCCGAAGACAACUGGCUCCGGGCAGCAGCCGAGGACCUCGGCGUCGAAUAUGACAGCGAGGAAUUCGACAGUGCCCAGGGCCGUGGACGUGGUCGCGGCCGCGGCCGUCAAGAUAAGCAACGCAAAGCCAGCGAAGUCUCGAAGAACGAAUUGGCCGGUAUGCGCGCGGAAUUGAAACACCUGCUCUCUCAGCGGGUCAACGUGGGCGUGAGCGAGCGGUACAUCACCUCUGGACGAGUGGACAUUCAGGCGUUGUUGCGUGGCGAGGGCAAUAAUUCGUUCCUGGGCCAGGUGGAUCCUCUGGGAUUCUGAUUCAUGUAAAUACUUUUGUCGUGUCCAUAUACCAGACUUUCUCUUUUUCAACUACCGUGAUUGAUUUUCCGUAAUGUACGCU